GACACGCCUCUGCAACAUCGCGUGGUCAACGGGGAGAGUGCCUCUGGAUUGGCAGACCGGGGUGGUAGUCCCUCUUUUUAAAAAGGGGGACCGGAGGGUGUGUUCCAACUACAGAGGGAUCACACUCCUCAGCCUCCCUGGUAAGGUCUAUUCAGGGGUGCUGGAGAGGAGGGUCCGUCAGGAAGUCGAGCCUCAGAUUGAGGAGGAGCAGUGUGGUUUUCGUCCCGGCCGUGGAACAGUGGACCAGCUCUACACCCUUAGCAGGGUCCUUGAGGGUAUGUGGGAAUUCGCCCAACCAGUCUACAUGUGUUUUGUGGACUUGGAGAAGGCGUUUGACCGUGUCCCUCGGGGAGUUCUGUGGGGGGUGCUUCGUGGGUAUGGGGUACCGAACCCCCUGAUACGGGCUGUUCGGUCACUAUACCACCGAUGUCAGAAGUUUGGUUCGCAUUGCCGGCAGUAAGUCUGAAUCGUUUCCAGUGAGGGUAGGACUCCGCCAAGGCUGCCCUUUGUCGCCGAUUCUGUUCAUAACCUUUAUAGACAGAAUUUCUAGGCGCAGCCGAAGCGUUGAGGGGGUCCGUUUUGGGGGCCUCAGUAUUGCAUCGCUGCUUUUUGCAGAUGAUGUGGUGCUGUUGGCUCCUUCAAACGGGGCUCUCCUACUCUCACUGGAGCGUUUCGCAGCCGAGUGUGAAGCGGUUGGGAUGAAAAUCAGCACCUCCAAAUCUGAAACCAUGGUCCUCAGUCGGAAAAGGGUGGAGUGCCCCCUCCGGGUCGGGGAGGAGAUCUUACCCCAAGUGGAGGAGUUCAAGUGUCUUGGGGUCUUGUUCACGAGUGGGGGUAGGAGGGAGCGGGAGAUCGACAGGCGGAUCGGUGCAGCGUCUGCUGUGAUGCGGACGUUUUAUCGGUCUGUAGUGGUGAAGAAGGAGCUGAACCAAAGGGCGAAGCUCUCAAUUUACCGGUCGAUCUACGUUCCAACCCUCACCUAUGGUCACGAGCUAUGGGUCGUGACCGAAAGAACGAGAUCCCGGAUACAAGCGGCUGAAAUGAGUUUUCUCCGCAGGGUGUCCGGGCUCUCCCUUAGAGAUAAGGUGAGAAGCUCAGUCAUCCGGGAGGGGCUCAGAGUCGAGCCGCUUCUCCUCCACAUCGAGAGGAGCCAGAUGAGGUGGCUUGGCCAUCUGAUUCGGAUGCCUCCUGAGCGCCUCCCUGGUGAGGUGUUCCGGUCAUGUCCCACCGGGAGGAGACCCCGAGGAAGACCCAGGACACACUGGAGAGACUAUGUCACCCAGCUUGCCUGGGAACGACUUGGGAUCCCCCGGGGAGAGCUGGAAGAAGUAGCUAGGGAGAGGGAAGUCUGGGCUUCCCUGCUAAAGCUGUUGCCCCCGCGACCCGGCCCCGGAUAAGCGGUAGAUGAUGGAUGGAUGGAUGGAUGGAUGGUAAUUCGCUGACUAGCUUAGCGCCGUUGUUUGCGCAUGAACGGUGAUGAUGUCAUCUGAAUGGUUGCCCUCUAUGUCAAUCAAGUAACGGGAUUGAUGAUAGGCUGACGUAGUACGUUCUGUGUACUUAGCGCCUUGUUUGAAUGGCAUUGCCGUGGCGUUUUCGACCCUUGUCGUGUGAAAGCCCGGUAGCCGCAUUGAACCAGCCAAAGAGCCGCAUGCGGCUCGUGAGCCGCGGGUUGGCCACCCCUGCUCUAAAGUACAGUCAAUCCUGCUAUACAGUGGGGCACCUUUCGCACCCUCACUAGAUUGUGGAUUUUUAAGUGAUCACUCAUGGGUUUUUACAGGAUACAAACUCAUUUGAAUUUACAGUUACACACCUUCAGUGUAGUACCACGUUGUGCUGCAACAGGCUAUGCAGCACUACUAGAAGACAUGCAGGAUAAAAGAAGAGCAAGACGAGGAGGCAGAGCAAGUGACAAACUCAAUUCUAAUACAAUAUUAGUGCGUGCAGCGCACACACACACACA